UUGCCCUCCCAAGCAUCUCCUCCUCCUCCUCUGUUUGCGUCUCUUUCGUUUGUGGCUCAUUCCAAUCUCAUGACCGUCGCUUCCGUCUUCGUCUUCGAUUCUCAAAUGCUGUGAAAACUUUGUGCCCAUCAUCGGCGCCUCCCGAUCCUCCUCCUCCUUGCUCUGCUGCUACUGGAAGACCGGGAGAGAUGUCUGUUCUAGCGCCGACUCCUCACGUCCUCCUCAGAGAAGUCUGUCCCCGAGAGCACCACCACCACCUCCGGGGGCUGAGCGGCGUCAGCUCUUUGUCUCUCCAUAGACCGCCCAUCGGCGAUCGGAGUAGGAGCUUGGGCUGCCCGAGGAUCGCGAGGCCGGACACGAGAGCAGGGGCGUUUUGGCCCGACUCCUCGAGCCACGCCGUUGCGGAGAUGGAGCCCAUCGAGGACUGUGAUCAGCUGGACCAGGUUCUUCAGCGCGCUCGCGAGCUCUCCCAACCCAUUCUCAUCGAUUGGAUGGCUGCUUGGUGUCGGAAAUGCAUUUAUCUGAAGCCGAAGCUAGAGAAGUUGGCUGCCGAGUACGAAAGCAAAAUCAGAUGCUAUUGUGUAGAUGUCAACAAAGUUCCUCAGUCCCUUGUGAAGCGCGGAAAUGUCUCUAAAAUGCCAACUUUACAGGUAUGGAAAGAUGGAGAGAUGAAAGAAGAAGUAAUUGGAGGACACAAGGCUUGGCUUGUCAUUGAAGAAGUAAGAGCAAUGAUCCAAAAGUACGUUUGAACGUGCCAUGGGACCUCUCUCUCCCUCUCCCUCUCUCAUGUGUAUCAUUGAAUGCAGUAAAAGCAACAUUGUACAGUGAAAUUGGCUGUAAAGUUAGCUCGUUUAAGGUUAAAUUCUUCUUUUCGGACGAAAGAAAAAGGUUAUUAUUUUAAGGUGAAUCUUCAUCAGCACGAAA